AUGCCUAUCCCCAUCCCCGCCGCCAACUCCCUCCAUGACCUCUUCAGCCUGAAGGGCCGCACCGUUGUGGUGACCGGCGCCUCCGGUCCCCGCGGCAUGGGCAUCGAGGCCGCCCGCGGCUGUGCUGAGAUGGGCGCCAACAUCGCGCUGACCUACGCGUCGCGCCCAGAAGGCGGCGAGAAGAACGCGGCGGAGCUGGCCAAGACCUACGGCAUCAAGGCCAAGGCAUACAAGUGCGACGUUGGCAACUGGGACAGCGUGCAGAAGCUGGUGCAGGACGUGCUGGCCGAGUUCGGGCAGAUCGACGCGUUCAUCGCCAACGCCGGCCGUACCGCCUCCAGCGGCAUCCUCGACGGCUCCGUCCAGGACUGGACGGAGGUCAUCCAGACCGAUCUGACGGGGACCUUCCACUGCGCCAAGGCCGUCGGCCCGCACUUCAAGGAGCGCGGCAAGGGCAGCUUCGUCAUCACCUCGAGUAUGUCCGGCCACAUUGCGAACUUCCCCCAGGAGCAGACCAGCUACAACGUCGCCAAGGCCGGGUGCAUUCACUUCGCCAAGUCGUUGGCCAACGAGUGGCGCGACUUUGCCCGCGUCAACAGCAUCUCGCCCGGUUACAUCGACACCGGCUUGUCGGAUUUCGUGGACAGAAAGGUCCAGGAUCUCUGGCUGUCCAUGAUCCCCAUGGGCCGCAAUGGCGACGCCAAGGAGCUCAAGGGCGCCUAUGUCUAUCUGUGCAGCGACGCCAGCUCCUACAUGACCGGCAACGAUCUCCUGAUCGACGGUGGUUACUGCGUCCGGUGA